UUUCCUGGUGGCUGCUAGGUCGUGGGUGAGGGCUCAGCUUUCUCUUCUAGUUCCUACGCUGGGAGUCCUUAUCCCUGGAAUGCGAGAGGGAGAGGCGCAGGAAGUUCCGGGACCGGGGCGUGAAGGCAUCGCCCGGGAAAGCUUGGGCGCGAAAGACAGUCCUAGUUGGAUGAGUCACUGGAAGGCACCGGCUGGGACCGAGGAAGCAGAGGCUGGGAGAUACUGGUGGGGAACUUUCUUGGGCACCCUUCCCUUCUUGGGGUGCUAUGGAGUUCCCAGAACACAGUCAGCAGCUGCUUCAGAGCCUGCGGGAGCAACGGUCCCAGGGUUUCCUUUGUGACUGCACUGUGAUGGUUGGUAGCACCCAGUUCUUGGCCCAUCGGGCUGUGCUGGCCUCCUGCAGCCCAUUCUUUCAGCUUUUCUACAAGGAGCGGGAACUGGACAAGAGGGAUCUGGUGUGUAUUCACAAUGAGAUUGUCACAGCCCCAGCCUUUGGGUUGCUUCUGGACUUUAUGUAUGCUGGCCAGCUGGCACUUAGGGGGGAUACCCCUCUAGAAGAUGUGCUGGCAGCUGCCAGCUACUUGCACAUGAAUGACAUCGUUAAGGUGUGUAAACAACGGUUGCAAGCCCGGGCUCUGGCAGAGGCAGACAGUACCAAGAAGGAAGAGGAAAGCAAUCCUGCCACUAUGGAGUUUUUGUCAGGCAGUUCUCGUGGCCCCCAGCCUUUACUGGCAUCUGUUGAGCAGUCAGCCCGCUGGAGCAAAGAGGAAUGGAAGGGUCCAGCCACCCCCUUACCUAUUGCUCAUUCUGCAGAUGAGGCACCAGUGUCUGGUGGAGCUGACACUACACAACCUAGCAUGGAAGUUGACUCACCACAUCUGCGAGCACCUCCCCCACCCGUGGCUGACGUCUCUGUCUCUCUUGCCAGCCCCAGUAGCUCUACAGAGACCAUUCCUGUAAACUACUUCUCUUCUGGCCUUCCAGCAGUUUCAGUGGAGCCCUUGACUCCUCUUGAUGUGGUUCCGGAGAGUCUGAGGGUGGUGGAACCAAGGGAUACUGGAGGUUCAUUGCAAGGCUUCUAUCCUCCAGCUCCGGCCCCGCCCCCAGCUCCGGCCCCAGUUCUGUCCCAGCCUCCAGCCCCAGUUGAAGCUGAAUUGGUCCAGGUGAAAGUAGAAGCUAUUGUGAUCUCUGAUGAGGAAACUGACUUGUCAGAGGAACAGCCUCAGGGGCCUGAAGGGCUGUUCCCACCUGGAGGUGCAAUGUACGGGGGACAGCCUUCACAGCCAGACACUUUUGAGGAGCCGGGGGCAACAGGCCUAGAGGAGAUGGGGCCGAGCGACCACUUCCUGCCUCCAGAAUCUCAUCUACCGUACCAUCUGCUGCCAGGUCCAGGGCAAUAUCAUCGAGGACUGGUGACCUCACCCCUGCCUGCACCCCCGGCCCUGCAUGAGCCACUUUACCCUCCUUCUGAGUAUGAAGCAGCUCCAGGGAGCUUUGGGAGUUUUACAGAGGAUGUUCCCACCUGCAAGACAUGUGGAAAGACCUUCUCAUGCUCUUAUACACUACGACGACACGCCACCGUGCACACAAGAGAACGACCCUAUGAAUGCCGCUAUUGCCUACGCAGCUACACACAGUCAGGGGACCUCUACCGCCACAUCCGCAAGGCUCACAAUGAGGACCUGGCCAAACGCAGCAAACCAGACCCAGAGGCUAGCUCCAUUCUAGGGGUGCAGCCCCUCCCUGGCUCCCAAACAACAGAGAGACAAAGCAGUGGUGGUGGAGGACCACCCAAAGAUUUUGUACUUGGUCCUAAAAAUUAACAUCUGGGGAGCAUGAACUGAUGCCAGGCCUGCUCUUACUUUGUUAAGAUGGCCACAGAGAAGGUUGGAGGCAUCUCAUCAUUCCUACGGGGUGGCAGGAUGAAGGUUCUUCCCAAGCUGAAGGUGUUUACCCUUUUCUUUGUCCAGCCAGAUAAGCAGGACAUUAUGGGGGCAGAGCAGGUCAGCCAGGAUUCUCCAAGGGCACUGGGAAUUUUUCCUGAGGUGUAACUGCUUCUCAUUUCACAUUCUGGAACAUAAAACUAGCAGUGAAAUUAUCCCUUUGAACUGGUGUUGGCUGGUUUCUUCCACAAGUCUGCAUGUGUUCAUGUCUGCCCUCUGGGUCUUUUAUUUGACACCUGCAUUGGGUAAGCAUGUGGGUCUGGUUGCUUAUGAGGCAAAAAGUGAAAUAGGAAGGGAGUGCAAAUAGGGAAUCUUACACAUGGAUUGCUGCAGUUGAACUUGUGUGUUCUGGGCUAUAUUGGGCACUUCGUGUACUCACUUAAUCCUUGACAACUUCUGGGGAGUAGUAGCCCCACCCCCUUUCAGAUACAAAGAAACUUGAGACUCAGGAGGACUCGUUCAUUUGUUUAGGGUCAUAGAGCUGGUUAAGGAGAAAGCUAGGAUUUGAACUUGGCUAGUGACUCCAGAUAAUAAUGGUGAUGGAGCCAUGCUGGUUCACAGUAACGUUCACAGCAGGUAGUUAGCCAACAACCAGUUGUCGUCUUUCUUUCUUUUAAAGAUUUAUUUAUUUGCCAUGAGGUGGUGGCUCAUACCUUUAAUCCCAACACUGGGAAGCAGAGGCAGAUCUCUGAGUUCCAGGAUGGCCCGGGCUACACAGAGAAACCCUGUUUUGAAAAACAAAACAAAAUUUAUUCUUUUAUAUGUAUGAGUUUUUGGCUACAUGUAUGUCUGUGUGGCACAUGCAUGCCUGUUAUCUGCUGAGGCUACAAGAGGGCAUUGGAUCCUCUGGAACUGGAGUUAUGGAUGGUUAUGAAUCACCCUGUGGGUGCUGGGGAUUGAACCUGGGUCCUCUUGAAGAACAACAGGUGAUCAUAACCACUGAGCCAUCUCUCCAGCCCCAGAAGUUCUUUUCUUAUUCUUUUGAGUGCUUGGCUUUGUUCCCUUACCUUGUCUCUUCUGCAUUGGACCUAGAAAGAUCUUUGGUUGGGUGUUUUGACAACAGACACUGUAUUGAUAACUUGGAAAUUUUUGCCUUUUUGUGAAUCUGAAUUGAGGUCUCUGAAGAUGAGAAACUGGUGAGAGAAAACAGUAUGCUUUAUGAAGAGGGACUUUUAUGGGAUUUUCAAUACCUGAAGAGGAAUUGAAAUGACAGCUGCUUGGGAAAGCUAAGGCAGGAAACCCCAUGAGAAUUUUAUAGUCAUCUAAGACCCUUACCUCCAAAGUGUGGGACUGGAGACUGAUUGGAGACUGAUUGCUCACCUAGCCUGGGACCCUAGGGGUUUGAUCCUUAGCACUCCAAAAAGAAAGUAAAGUUGUGAUAACAGCAGCCUAAAAAGCUUGAAGCACUCACAAAGUUAUAUAGGUAGUUUCUGGCAAUAGAGAUAGUAAAAAAGGAGAGUUUGAAGUGUUGAGUUAGGAUAUGGGAAAGAGCUCAAUGUAAAUGAAGCAACUUUCCAGGCUGUGAAGAGUGGAGCUGUAGAGCGGAUUAGCCAGCUGCCCUACAAACAUCCUCUCUUGGCACACAAAGCCCUAAAUGCAAAUCAAGCAGGAAGGAAAACUGAAAAAGGUCAAAAUAAAAGCAGGCUUUCUUGACUUCUUUGCCCUCCUCUGGGGUCUGUGUCACACUGGGGACUGUAGGCUCUUCCAGCUGCACCACUGCUGUUUUUGAGAUAGAAGGAGACUUAACAGUGAAGAUCUGGCCAGAGAAAGCUCUCUUGAUGAGGCAUUAUGGGAAGCAAGAGUUGAUGGGUUUUUGUUUUGUUUUGCUGGUGAGAAAAUUCUAAAGCUGGGUACAAGCACAAUGGCAGCUACUGCUAAUCCUAGCCACUUGGCAGGUGAAGGAAGCUAGUCUGAGGGGAAAAGGAAGACCCAUCUUCCCCAUAAUGAAGAAUAAAUUGUAUACUUGUCACACUCCUCUUCCUCCUCUUUGGAUCCUUCCUCCCUUCCCUUUUUGGAGACAGGGUCUCUUGUAGCCCAGUCUGGCCCUGAACUUGCCCUCCUUCCUGAUCCACUUGCCUUUAGCCCCAAGUUCUGAUGUUAUAGGCAUGUACUACUAUGCCUACCUCCUUGGGCUUUUGAGACAGGGUCUUGCUAUGUACAACAGGCUAGCCUGAAACUAGAUCUUCUGCCUUAGUCUUACAGUACAGUAUGUCCAGCCAGGUCCAGCUCACAUUCCUUAUAUUAGAGUAACUGUCUACCAAUUGUAUUUAUGCAAAUGUAUUCUUGCCUUAAUUCCUCCAAGAAAGGGCAAAAUAAAAAUAAUAAAAUGUAUUCUAGGUGAGUGGAGCACCUUUUCCAGUCUUUCCUACAGUAAAUAGCAAAAAGCCUGUAAGAACUAGUUCCCUUCAAGAGGGUGAGUUUUAUAGUUUUUGAUUUCUCAUUUAAAGAAGUGGGGGGGAGGGGGGACUGUGUUGAAAAAAGUAUGUUGCCUCCCUCUGUUGGGAGGCAGAGGCAGGCGUAUUACUGUGAGUUCGAGGCCAGCCUGGUCUACAGAGCAAGAUUCAGGACAUCCAGGGCUCCAAAACUACACAGAGAAACGCUGUCUCGAAAGAAAAAAAAAAAACACGAACAACAAAACUAUGUUGCCUUAGAAUAUAAGUUCCUCAAAGUAAGGAACAAUGUCCUUACGGAACUGAUGUAGAUUCUCUAAAACAGCCUGAGUAACAGGCACUACUGGGCUAGUCAGGUCGCAGCCUUUGGCCAAUACUUACCUGAAGAGUCAGUGGGAGAAUAUGUGCCUAGCAUGUAGGAAGCCCUGGAUUCCAUUCUUAGAACAGAAGGAGAAAGAAAAAACCCACGAAUAAGUAAAUACACCUCCAAUUUUAAAGAUGAGUGGCACUUGCCAAUAGUUCUAGCUACUUCAAAGGCUUAGGCAGAAGGCUCACUUGAGCUCAGUAGAUUGGGCUAGCCUGGGCAACUUAAGAAGAACCAGUGUGUAAAGAAUAUAGCUGAUGUGCUGGCUCAUGCCUAUAAUCCUAGCACCUGGGAGACUGACACAGGAGGAUUCCCAUGAUGUCAAGGGCAGCAAAGGCUACAGAGACAUUAAAAACUUAAAAAUAUAUUAAAAUCAUUUUGGGGCAGUAUUAGGCAAGAGCUCUAUCACAAAGCUACACCCUUAACAUAUUGACUAAACACUAAUAUAGGUAAUAUGUAAAUAGAAUUUGAGGCAAAACUAUGAAGGUGGUGGGUCUCAAUUUGGGGGAUACAGUCUCAAACUGCCAUUUAUGUGUGAUCCUUCACACACAUCACAAAGGCUUUCUCUCCAUUCAAAAUCUUCAAAUCUUCCCUCCACAAACUUCUGAACACAAAUGUUUAGGGAUCCUCUGUGGCUGACUCAAGAUGUAGGCUUGUCAGACCUCUUCAAGACCUGAGUCAAGUUACCUUCCUUUGUCUCCUUUUUUGUUCCUUAAAGUCUCUGUGGGGAACUGGACUUCAAAAUAAAAGCUGCCAUAUAUGUCUGACCACCAGGUUAAUGUUAUCUCUUAGGAAGGCUAAGAAAAUGAUUAGCGAAAUAAAUUUCUAAGAUGGACUGCGAAUACCAGUUUUAUUUUUUCCUCACUGAUGUAGUGGACAGCUUAAUUGAAUAUCAAAUUUGUUCACAACAACCAGAAAGCAAAACCAGCUCCAAAGGAGUGAAACAUGCCAGGAUUAGAGCAUUUGGGAGGCAGAGGUGGGAGAAUCUGUGAGUUCAAGGGCAGCCUGAUCUAGAGUGAGUUCCAGGACAGCCAGGGCUGUUACACAGGGAAACCCUGUCUUGAAAAACAAAACAAAAAGUGAAACAUGCAUGAUGACAAAGAUUUUAAAUUAACGUGUAGACACAGAUUGGACCUGAUUCCCAAAAGACAAGUGGAUAUUUAUAAUUGAGAGGUAGUGUUGAGAUUUGUACAUGGAAAUUUACUAAGAAGAAACUUCAGAUAAGGGGUCUCUGACUAACCAAUUGUGACAGGAUUCAUUCACCAUGACAAGAUUUUGCCAAACCAGUAUAGGAAUUUUUUUCCAUCUAUUUUGAGUUUUUAAGACAUGAUCUUGUUAGGGAAGCCCAUCUAGUCUGCAAUUCAGUAUAUAGCCUCAUAGCAAUCCUCCUGCCUCACCCUGAGUGCUGAGAUUACAGGCAUAAGCUAAGUUUAGCAAAUUAAGACGCUUGGAUGAUAAAGAAAAUAUUCUACUUUACUUAGUUCUGUCUUUGGAUUUUUUAGAUUAUUUGGUAGUAAGCCUUUUGUUGUACCUUGAUGAAUGUAUUAUUUAAAUUAUAGGGAGGAACAAAGAAGAGUAGUAUAUUGGCAGAGUUUGGGAUGUUAUUAAUAAAGUAGACGGAUGCCACCCCUAGAAACAUAGUUGUAUUAUGAUUACAUGAUAGCGAAUGAGUGACACAUGCUUAUUAUCUCCACUUAUAAUGGUAGAGGCCUGCUACAUGGUCUUAGCUACUAAUUGGCACCCAUGACAUAGACACAAUCCACAGAGUAAACAGAAUGACAAAGCAGCCAUUGGCUGAUGAACCCCACAGAGGCAGGACUGCACUAGAUCUGCACCCUGAACCCAGGAGCAACACAGCUUCCCUAGGGUCCUAUCAGGUGAUUCCAAGACUAAGCAAUAACUAUGUUUGCUUGUAGUUUCCUUCCUCUGUGAGGGCCUGAGCUCAAAAAUAGUGACAGAUGACAAGGAGGCUUGGGUUCUGUCAUGCUUUAUUGUGAUACUCUUUCAAGAAGAUAUUGUAAUGUCUUUCAGAAAAAUGAACACAUUUUAGAAAUGCAUCUAUUAAAAAUUAAAACAUGGACAGCCAGGGCUACACAAACCUUGUCCAAAAUACAAAAACAAACAAAAACCACUUUGGGGCUGACUAUGUAGCUGAAUGAUAGGGUGCUUGUCGAGCAUGUAUAAGACAGGUUCAAAUCCUGUACCACACAUACAUACACACCAUAAAAAGCCCACUAGCACAAGGACAGAGAGUUUUUAAAUACUUUUAACUACUUAAGUGCUUGACUCCAGAUUU